AUAUCAAGAUGACGAAGCUACUCGUAUUGGCGAUGGUGUGCCUGUUGAGCCAGAAGGCGGUGCUCUCGAUGCCGGUGGCCGAGAACCAGGAGCCCCUCCAAGUGGUUCCGCUCGAGAAAUCGGCGAGCAAGCCCGAUGCCCCGAUCAGCCCCGAGGCCGCGCCAGCAGCGAGCCAGGAGGCGGCGGAGGCGGCGCCGGCCGAGGCGAAAUCGGCCGAGGCCGAGAAACCGAGCGUGAGGAGCGAGGCCGCCGAGAACCCUCAACAGGGCGAGAAGGCCCUGGAGGAGAAGAAGGAGGAGGUUGAGCAACAAGCGAAGCCCGAGGAGAAGAAGGAGGAAGGCGGCCAGGAGAAGGCGGGCGAGCAGCAGCAACAACAGCCGCAACAACAAGAGCAGCAACCGCAGCAGGAGGGUGAACAGCAGGCCGCGCAAGAGCAGAAGCCGCAGGAGCAGGCCUCCUCUCAGGAAGAGAAGAAGGAAGAGGAGAGUUUGAAGCAAGCCGCCUCCGAGUCCCACGAGACCGUGGUGCAAGCCGUUCCUCAGGCGGCACCCGUCCCAGAGGUACCGGCGGAACAACCCGUUGGUAAAGCAGCCGUGGCGGAGGGAAAGAGCUCCGAGCAGGUAGACUCCGUCGAGAAGAGCGCGGAGGUUGGCAAAGAGGAAGCGAAGGAGGAGAGUAAGGAAGAAGCGAAACCGAGCGUGAGGAAGGAGGACGAAGCCAAGUCGAGCUCCGAGUCGGAGGAGAAGGCUCAGCCGGCCGCCGAGGAGAAGAAGGCCGAGAAGGCACAGGAGGAGCAACAGGAGAAGAAGGCCGAGGAGAAGCCCGACCGUGUGACCCGCGACGCCGAGGAAGCUGCCCCCGAGGAGAAGAAAGCGGAACAGCAGCCAGCCGUGCAACAGGAUCAGGCCAAGGCAGCGGAGGAGAACAAGCCGGCUGUGGAGAGCGAGAAGGGUCAGCAACCGGGCGUCGAGCAGCCAGCUCUCAGUUCCGAGGAAUCGUCGUCCAAGAGCGAGGAGAAGACCGAGGCCGCUGCCGCUGCCGCCGCUGCAGCCGCUGCCGCUGCUCCUCAACCGGAAAAGGAAGCGAAGAGCGCCGAGGUAGGUGCCGGUUCCGUUCAAGAAUCCUCGGAGCAAUCGGCGGCCAAACCCGCUGAAGCCAGCCAAGCUAAACGCGAGACCGCGGAGGCUCAGCCCGAGGCGAAAUCCGAGCAGGCCGAGGAAAAGAAGGAGGAAGGGCAGAAACUGCAGGAAGCCGCCGCGAAGGAAGCGAAGGAGCGCUCGGAUGAUUCCUCCGAGGAGAAAUCAGACGAGAAGAAGGAGAGCAAGGGCAGCGAGGAGGAGAAGUCCUCGUCCUCCGAGGAGUCCAAGCAGGAGUCCAAGGCUGGCGAGGAAUCCAAGCCCGAACUUCUGCCCAAACCUCAAGAACUGAAAGUGUAAGUGAACGAUAGGAGCGAGGGUAACGGUCGCAGCGAGAGGCGGGAGAAGGAGAAGAGAGAACGAUAACCUCGAUUGAAAAAUUCUCAAGCAAAACAUCUCGAACGGAGCAGCGGACACUGACUCGCCACUCGUCCAGACCACUGCGUUCAGAAUCACCAGACGAAAAUGGGAAAACGAAAAAAAAAAACAUUUAAAAAGACAAAAAAAAAAUUAAUAAACGUAAAAAAAAAAAGAUGAACAAGAAUGCGCGAAUUGUUCGGCCCCGGGUAGAGAAAAGCAGCGAGCGGGAGAGAGAGAGAGAGAACGAGACGGAGUGAGAGUGUAUAUCGGUGUGAAUGGGAGAGAGAGAUUGCGCGAUCAAAUUCUGUGGCAGGGUCCAAAACUUCCCCCGGCGCGCUACGAUUCCGAGAGAAGAUUCACAUCGACUCGGGGCAGGAUGACCACGUGGCCACCUGGCUGUGAGGGAUGAAACUUAGA